GUAAUAAACUAUUUCGAUUAAUUAAGACUAAGACAUAAUGGAGUCAUUAAAGCAGCCAAAAUUUUAGACUUUGUUGAGCUGCAGUGAACAAAUCUGUUUCCAUUAAAGAAUGGGGAUUCAUUGUUCCUCUACAAAGAAGUGAUGCAGGAGAAUUCAGCCGAGGAGAUAUUCUGGUCUGGUCCAUACUGACUCUGGCUUAUUAUGAAUCUCUCGAAGCCUAGAUACAUUUUUAUCUUGGCUAACUUAGAUUGUGUAAAAUAUUUCCGGAUAGUCUUGCAAAAUAUUGCUAUGCUAAGAAAGUUUUAUAAAGGGGCUGAGCCAAUAUUGAUCAGACCCAGAAUAUCUCUUCUCUGCCGGUAUCUCCUGCAUCACUUAUCGUGGAGGCACAGUGAAUUCUCCAGUCUUCCAUAUAAACAUAUUUCUCCCCUAUCAUUAAAAAUCUAAAAUUUCAUGUUACUCCAAUAACUCCACCAUGACUUCAUUAUAACCAACAUGAAUGCCUAUUUUUCAAUUAUUCUCCUAAUACUAACUCAAAAGCUCUAUUAAGUCAUCCAUUUUAUAUUUCUCA